AUGAGUAAUCGAACUGUAGAGGAAAUUUAUCAGAAAAAGACACAGCAUGAACACAUUCUAGCCCGUCCUGAUAUGUACAUUGGUACAAUUGAACCUGUUACAGAAGAUAUGUGGGUUUAUGAUGAGGCUGAAAAUAUGAUGAAACUUCGGAAAUGUACUUGGACUCCAGGUCUCUAUAAAAUAUUUGAUGAAAUUCUUGUGAAUGCUGCUGAUAAUAAAGUGCGUGAUCCUCACGGUCAGACAGUUAUUAAAGUAUGGAUAGACCCAGAGAAGGGUAUGGUGCGAGUAUACAAUAAUGGUGAAGGUAUUCCUGUACAACGUCAUCGUGAACAUCAAUUGUGGAUUCCAGAGAUGAUUUUUGGUCAUCUUUUAACUUCAUCUAACUAUGAUGAUACCGAAGCAAAAGUUACGGGUGGUCGAAAUGGAUUUGGUGCAAAAUUAACAAACGUUUUUUCUACUCGUUUUGAAUUAGAAACUGUUCAUAGUCGUUCUCGUAAAAAGUUUUUUAUGCGAUGGCGUAAUAAUAUGUUAGAUAGUGAGGAACCUGUUAUUACACCAUGUGAAGGACCUGAUUAUACAGUGGUAACAUUUUAUCCGGAUUUUGAAAAGUUUAAUUUACAGGGAUUUGGAGAAGAUAUGGUGUAUAUGAUGAAGCGUCGUGUAUAUGAUGUGGCUGGUUGUACAGAUAAAACACUUCGUUGUUAUUUAAAUGAUACAAAGAUUGCUUGUACUUGUUUUGCUGAUUAUGUGGAUCUUUAUCCCAUGAUGGGAGAAGAAAAGAAACCAGCAAGUUAUGCACGUGUAAAUGAUAGAUGGGAAGUUUGUGUACGUGUAUCUAAUAUUGGAUUUCAACAAGUAAGUUUUGUAAACUCUAUUGCUACUACACGAGGUGGAACUCAUGUGAAGUAUAUAACAGAUCAAAUUAUUGCAAAAGUAACCGAACAGGCAAAACGUAAAAAUAAAACAGAAGUUAAACCACAUAUGAUUCGACCUCAUUUAUUUGUUUUUAUUAAUUGUUUAAUUGAAAAUCCUGGAUUUGAUUCUCAGACAAAGGAGACUCUUAAUACACCUAAACCACGUUUUGGUUCCACCUGUGAUCUUCCUGCAUCUAUGGUGGAUUGUAUUCUAAAGUCUAGUAUUGUGGAACGAUCAGUGGAAAUGGCAAAUAGUAAAUUAACACGUGAAAUUGCAUCUAAAUUACGUAAUGCGGAUCGAAAACAAAUUCUUGGUAUUCCAAAAUUAGAUGACGCGAAUGAGGCAGGAGGAAAGUAUAGUCAUCGUUGUACACUUAUCUUAACAGAGGGAGAUUCCGCCAAAGCCCUUUGUACUGCAGGUCUCGCCGUUAAAGAUCGUGACUACUUUGGUGUAUUUCCAUUACGUGGUAAACCUCUUAAUGUGCGAGAUGCCACUCUUAAGAAGGUAAUGGCAUGUGCUGAAUUUCAAGCUGUGAGUAAAAUCAUGGGACUUGAUCUUAGACAAAAACAUGCUAGUAUAGAAGGAUUACGUUAUGGACAUUUAAUGAUUAUGUCUGAUCAAGAUCAUGAUGGUUCACAUAUUAAAGGACUUAUUAUUAAUAUGAUUCAUAAUUACUGGCCAGAUCUUAUUAAAACUCCAGGAUUUUUACAACAAUUUAUUACACCUAUUGUAAAAGCACGUAAAAAAGGACGAGCAUCUAAUGAUGAUCGUGCUAUUUCUUUCUUUUCAAUGCCUGAUUAUUUUGAAUGGAAAAAUUCUAUUGGUGAUGGUAUUCGUAAUUAUGAAAUACGAUACUAUAAGGGUCUUGGUACAUCUGGAGCAAAGGAAGGACGUGAAUAUUUUGAAAAUAUUGAUCGUCAUCGUCUUGAUUUUGUAUAUGAUGAUGCUACCGAUGAUUCACGAAUUGUAAUGGCAUUUGCUAAGGAUAAAGUAGAAGAACGAAAACAAUGGAUUACACAAUUUAAGGCAAAUACCAAUCCUAAUGAAUCGAUGAAUUAUAAUGUUAAGACCGUUUCCUAUUCAGAGUUUGUCGAUAAGGAACUUAUUCUCUUUUCUGUAGCAGAUUGUGAACGAUCUAUUCCAAGUGUUAUAGAUGGAUUAAAACCUGGUCAACGAAAGAUUAUUUUUUCUUCUUUUAAACGUAACCUUACACGAUCUAUUAAGGUGGUACAACUUGCUGGUUACGUUUCUGAACAUGCCGCUUAUCAUCAUGGAGAACAAUCAUUAGUACAAACUAUAGUAGGAUUAGCACAAGAUUAUGUGGGAUCAAAUAAUUUACCACUAUUACAACAAGAUGGUCAAUUUGGUACACGUUUGCAAGGAGGUAAAGAUCAUGCCGCAGGUCGUUAUAUCUUUACACGACUUGCAAAUAUUGCAAGAUUUAUUUAUCACCCAUCAGAUGAUUAUGUUGUAGAAUAUAAGGAUGAUGAUGGACUUUCUGUAGAACCUUUUUAUUAUGUUCCUAUUAUUCCAAUGGUACUUGUAAAUGGAACUUCUGGUAUUGGAACAGGAUUUGCAACUAAUAUUCCUAACUAUUCACCAAUAGAAGUUAUUGAUAAUUUAUUACGACUUUUAUCUGGAGAUGAACUUGUACCUAUGAAACCUUGGUACUUUGGAUUUACAGGUGAAAUUGAAGAAAAAGAAAAAGGUAAAUUUGUUUCUAUGGGUCGUGUCUCAGUACGACCUAAUGGUAUUGUAAGUAUUACAGAACUUCCAAUUGGUACAUGGACACAAGCAUAUAAAAAAUUUCUUGAAGAUCUUCGUGAAAAGGAAGUUGUGGUACAAUAUCGUGAACACAAUACAGAUGUUACCAUAGACUUUGAGGUAUUUCUUCACCCUGAAGUUCUUCAGCAAUGGACGGCACAAGGUUGUCUGGAAGAGAAGAUGCAACUACGAGAGUAUAUUCACGCCACCAAUAUUAUAGCCUUUGAUAGAGAAGGACGCAUUACCAAGUACCUGGAUGCGGAGGCGGUGUUGAAAGAGUUUUAUUUGGUGCGUCUAGAGUACUAUGCGAGGCGACGUGACUUUCUCAUUGGGGAUCUCCGCCGCGUGGCCUCCAAGCUGGAGAACAUGGUCCGCUUCGUGACGGAGGUGGUGGACGGCCACUUGGUAGUCACGCGGCGCCGCAAGAAGGACCUGCUGGAGGAGCUGCAGCAGCGCGGGUACGCCCCCUUCCCGCCGCAGCAGAAGAAGAAGGUGAGCUCGACGACCAUCCAGCAGGAGGACGAGGCGGACGGCGACGAGGGCGCGGCGGCGGACCCGGCGGCAGUCGCCACAAGUCUCGCGGGAAUGCCGUCCUUCCUGCACGGAGAAGAAGCGGGAGAAGAGGGAGAGACGCCGGAGGUGCAGCGGGCGGCGCGGGAUUACGAUUAUUUGUUGGGCAUGCGGCUGUGGAGUUUGACGGCGGAGAUGAUCGCGCGGCUCUUGGCGCAGCUGCAGCGGGUGCGGGAUGAACUCGCCGCGCUGGAGUGCCGCACACCGAAGGAUCUCUGGAAGGAGGAUCUCAUGCAACUGCGGCCACGCGUGGAGAAGAUCUUCGCCGACCGCGCUAAGGAGAUUGCAUCUAUUCAGCGCAGGAAAAUGGAGAAGAAGCGGCCGUUUGAUCCACAGCGGUUGCGAGUCCCGCUGCUCUCCGAUAAGGCACGGGAGGCACUCGCAAAAGAGUUUGUGAAGACAGAGAAGAAGAGUGGAAGGACCACACGAGCAACAACCGCAACAUCCGUGGACGAUGAUGGAAAUAGUAACAGUAACAAUACUACUACUAAUAAUAAUACUAAUAAUAAACCCGCACGUAAACCAGCAGCACGACGUAAGAAAAAGAAAUCAUCGAGUGAUGAUGAUGAUGACGAGGAUGAUGACUUUUUUGAUUUGGAUGACAGCAAUAAUGAUGAUGAUGGGAGCAAUUGGCGACCAAAAGAUGAGGAUGAUGAUGAUGAUGUGGAUAGUAAAAAUAAUAAUAAUAAUAAUAAUAAUAAUAAUAAUAAUAAUAAUAAUAAUAGCGGUGUAAAGAAGGAGAGUGUACGAAAAACGGCGGCUGAACGACCAGCAGCCAAGCGGGCGCCACGAAAACCAAAAGAAGAAACUUCAAAACGUGUGAAAACAGAAACAACAACAUCAACAUCAGUAAGAAAGCCAGUAACAGUUACAGAUGAUUUUGAUCUCGACUGUUUUGGUAUUGAGGCACUCACAAUACCCACAUCAACCCCAAUUACUAACUCCACCACACCUGCAGUCACAACAACAACAACAACAACAACAACAACAACAACACAGAGACAACCACGAUCCAGUGUGCUGGACGAUGAGGCAGAGGAUGAUCUCAUGCUUCUUGGCAUUGUGAAGGAUGAGGGGAAAAAACAACCUCCGGCACCGGCAGCAAAACCAGCAUCACGGGCUGCGAAAAAACCACAAGAGGAGAAACCACAAAAGACAUCAAAGACUUCCACAAAACGAAAGCGGAACCGCAGUGAAAGUAGCAGCGAAGAAGAGGAAUCCUUCUCAGAUGAUGAUGAUGAUGAUGAUGAUGAUGAUGCAACAUCUGAAGGAAGUUCUUCCUCAUAUGAUUUCAGUGACUAA